CGCAGCAUUACUAAAGCGUCACGAGUCACAGGAAUGACGGUCAUGGGGAAAUGAGAGGAACAUGGCUCUAUGUAACCGUUUAUUACAAUUCAUGAAAUAACACUGCAACCCUCGAAGGUACCGGGGGGCCGCCAUGGCUAACAUCACGAAGAAAGUGUCGUGGUCGAGCCGAGCAGACGAGUCCAGUGCCGCUGGCGAAGCAACGCCGCUGAUAAACGGCUCCGAGAAACGUCAACACGACGGGGAGCCUGGAGGAGGCGCUGUCUUUCAAACAGGAAGACUCAGCAAUGUGGAUUUAGAGGAGAUCACAUCAGAUGAGGAGUCCCAUCGAGGUCAUCCAAAGGAAAUCCCUCAUAAUGAGAAGCUGCUGUCACUCAAAUAUGAGAGUCUUGACUAUGAUAACAUCGAGAACCAGCUGUUUUUGGAGGAAGAGAGGCGUAUGAGUUACCUGGGUUUUCGCUGUUUAGAGAUCAGUCGCUGGGUGAUCUGCGGCCUGAUUGGCUUUCUGACGGGCCUCAUCGCAUGUUUCAUUGACAUUGUGGUGGAGCAGCUGGCUGGAAUGAAAUACCAAGUUGUCAAAGAAAAUAUAGACAGGUUUACAGAGGUGGGCGGACUGUCGCUCUCUCUCAUCCUUUGGGCUGUCCUAAACUCCGCCUUUGUCGUGGUGGGCGCAAUCAUUGUUGCCUUUUUUGAGCCAAUUGCAGCAGGAAGUGGUAUUCCGCAAAUUAAGUGUUACCUGAACGGGGUCAAGGUUCCGAGAGUGGUUCGACUCAAGACUCUGGUGGUGAAAGUGUGUGGUGUUAUUUGCUCAGUCGUGGGUGGACUUGCUGUUGGAAAGGAAGGGCCUAUGAUCCACUCUGGUGCAGUAGUGGCUGCAGGUGUCUCCCAGGGUAGGAGCACAUCUUUAAAAAGAGACUUUAAGAUCUUUGAAUACUUCCGCAGAGACACCGAAAAACGAGACUUUGUUUCCGCCGGAGCCGCUGCUGGAGUCUCAGCUGCGUUCGGAGCACCAGUUGGUGGCGUGCUUUUCUCUCUCGAAGAAGGCGCUUCUUUCUGGAACCAGAUGCUCACAUGGCGCAUUUUCUUUGCAUCAAUGAUCUCCACCUUCACCCUGAACUUCUUCCUCAGUAUCUACCACAACAACCCAGGUGACCUUUCCAACCCUGGUCUCAUCAACUUUGGACGAUUUGAGAAUGACAGCGUGGCGUAUUACCUCUAUGAAAUUCCCUUGUUCAUUGCCAUGGGUGCUAUAGGUGGACUUCUAGGAGCUCUGUUCAACAUUCUCAACUACUGGCUGACCAUCUUCAGGAUAAGGUACGUCCAUCGGCCUUGUCUGCAAGUGAUGGAGGCUAUGCUGGUCGCGGCGGUGACCGCGACGGUGUCGUUCACCAUGAUUUACUUCUCCGACGACUGUCAACCUCUUGGCCCCGAGCACACGGAGGAGUACCCUCUGCAGCUGUUCUGUGCCGACGGGGAGUAUAACUCCAUGGCAACAGCCUUCUUCAACACUCCAGAGAGAAGCGUCCGGAGCCUUUUCCACAACCAGCCAGGAUCGUACAAUCCUCUGACGCUGGGCUUGUUCACACUCACGUACUUCUUCCUGGCAUGUUGGACGUAUGGCCUCACUGUGUCCGCUGGAGUCUUCAUCCCAUCUCUGCUUAUUGGAGCAGCCUGGGGAAGACUGUGCGGAAUUCUACUCUCUGCCAUCUCGGCCACCGGAUCGAUCUGGGCCGAUCCUGGUAAAUAUGCCUUGAUUGGAGCCGCGGCUCAGUUAGGUGGCAUCGUUAGGAUGACCCUCAGUUUGACUGUCAUCAUGGUGGAGGCCACGGGAAACGUCACAUACGGACUUCCCAUCAUGCUCGUCUUGAUGACGGCCAAGAUCGUAGGAGACUACUUUGUGGAGGGACUGUAUGACAUCCACAUAAAGCUGCAGAGCAUUCCCUUCCUGCAUUGGGAAGCUCCUGCCACCUCACACUGGCUAACAGCGAGAGAAGUGAUGAGUUCUUCCGUCACCUGUCUGAACAAGGUAGAGAAGGUGGGAACCAUCGUUGACAUCCUCAGCAACACAUCGACCAAUCACAACGGUUUCCCCGUGGUGGUGUCCCAAAGUGAUUCUGGUGAAGAGCCAGCAAAGCUCUGUGGACUCAUCCUUCGCUCACAGCUCAUCGUUCUUCUCAAGCACAAGGUGUUUGUGGAGCUGGCGCGGUCGCGGCUGACCCAGAGGAAGCUCCAGUUGAAGGACUUCAGGGACGCCUACCCGCGUUUCCCCCCUAUCCAAAGCAUCCACGUCUCCCAGGAUGAGCGAGAGUGUUUGAUGGACCUCUCCGAGUUCAUGAACCCGACGCCCUACACUGUCCCUCAGGAAACGUCUCUUCCUCGUGUGUUUAAGCUGGUCAGGGCACUGGGCCUCAGGCACCUUGUUGUGGUGGAUGAUGAAAACAGGGUCGUUGGAUUAGUGACCAGGAAAGACUUGGCUAGAUAUCACCUGGGCAAACAUGGACUGGAGGAGCUUCAGCUGGCUCAGACAUAGUGUUAUACACGCACAAAAAAAUGCAUGCAAAAAAAAAAACGUGCCAUAAAGCAUCCCCAUAGCCCAUCGAUGACAAGUGCCUAACGUGAUGGUCAAAGAGGAUUACCAUGACAACCAAACACACCUGCAGGCAAGGGCUUGAUCACCAAAGAGCCCGUGUGUCUUUGCCACACCGAGUGAAAAUCAUACAGUGACUUUCUCUACACACACGCGUUGUUGUCUCGAACAAUCUCACACUACCCUGGAUCACCAGAAUUUGUUUUCACCCCUGAGGGUUGAUUUUGUUUCAAGGAAAAUCUUUGCACAUCUUGACAGGCGGUAAAUCUGUAGUGAAGUCAUGAUGAUGAUGAUGAUGAUGAUGAAGUUGUUGUUUUGCAAACUAAGUAGAGUUGAAUAAUUUAAACCCAAUGCUUUUGUGUACUGCAUUGAUUUUAGAUGUUACAAUUCCACAGUAAAACGGUACUCAAAGGUUUUUCAUUUCAUGUUUUUUUCCUCCAUUCGCUAUGUUCUGUUGUUUUGCGCUGAAAGAAUUAUGUUAUUUAUUCCUUGUUUUAGUUUUUACGGAAAAUGCAUGAGAGAGACAGAAGAUUUGGGUUUCAUACAACUUGUCAAGUGUGUUUUAAAAACAAAAAUGAAGUAACUGAUUAGUUACCUUUUUCUGGCUGCUUGUGAUGCAGUCUUUACUCUAGGUCUGGUACGCCCUUCACCAAUUCGUCUGCUUCUCUCACAAGAAUACUGUCAGGGGGAAAAAAAAGAUCUACGAUGUAUUAUAGAUUUUUUUUUAAUCACCAAAAGAUGUUUGCACUGUGGCUACUACUGAAAACUAAUGUGUGACCCAGGAACUGUGAUAUGAAUGUAAGCAUAGUUUAUAACCCAAGCAAUCAUUACCCAUUGAUACCAUGCAAAACUCAAAAAUUCAUAUUUUUAAUUUUUAUCCUACUCAGUAAAUAUUGUCUGUCUUUUCAUACUCUGCUCUGUUACCUUCAUUUUUGUGCUUUGUGUCACUUUUGUGCUGUACAGUUAUCCGUGUUAAAUUUGAAGCCCGUGCUCUAUUUUAUAUCUACUGGAUUAGAUUUGUGAAAUAAACAACAUGAUAUAUUGUCAA